UUAUAAUUAGGAUAAAAGGAGCCAUACAGCUAAAAAAAAGUCUGGAUUUUACAGGUACUUAACAUAGCAAACAAUUGAUGAUGAAAAGAGAAUAUUUGUUUGACUAUACCAUACAAACUGUUGAUCUAAUCCAAUCAGGAUCUUUUGUUGUUCUGAAAAAGUGUGUAAUCCAUGAUCUUUGCUUAUGCUUGUGGCUCAGAGGAAAAACUUUUGCUUUCUUUUCGGCCGAGUCGCACAUGGAGGCGUAUUUCGUCAAAACUAUGUGGUGUAUCACCUGUGCGGAUUGCUCAGGGUAUACAGAGAACAUUGGGUACGUGGAGUGUAUAAAUGCGUCGAUUUGACGCUUCAUUGGUUGCACCCCACACCCCGCACCCUUAACCCUGCACCCUGCACCGAGCACCCUGGAUCCAGAACCUAUCUCCCGCAACCCGCACCCCGCACCAUGUCAGCGCGAAAUUGGCUAACGGACAGCUUGGCGCACAUGUUCGAUUAUGGCCGAAUCGAGCGACCAAGCAGAACCAGCGGCACAUGACCUGGGCUCAGUGGUGGCAAGUGGCACCAGUGCUUGGUUGGUUGUACCCAGAUGUGCUUGGUUGCUUUUCAAACUCAGCUUGGUACAAUACAAGAGCAAGUCCUGAGACUAUAAUAUGGCUUACUUAUUUGUACCUGCGCCAACACAGGUACGGGUCCUCUCUCCAUCGACUGCAGGCGUACCGCUUAUGUGCAUGACUGGGUGUCCGGGGUGGUGGAUGUGGAUGUGGAUGUCGCUGUGGAUGUGGAUAUGGAUGUGGAUGUGGAUGAGUGGCAGGAGGGCGCAGGCGCAGCUCAGCCCAGCCAAGUUGGUCUGAGCUCCUGGCGGCCCAUCGCAUUCCGUGGCCAGUCGCAGCGCGAGACAGUUAGCCAGUUCGGACCGACUAGUUUCCAAUUGCCGCUCUUGACUAAACCAAAAAAUUAGAAAUAAAGGAAGAAAUAUCCUUCGUGUCCCCACAACGCAACACAAGACAAAACAGGUCAAUUUUUUUCCGGUGUUACUUGCUUUUUUUCCGCAAAGUGUGUUUGGCUUGGCUUACGUGUUUGAAAGCGAGACAGCCGCCAGGACAUCAUGAUUGUCAACAUGCCCGUCAAUGGAACGGGCAAUGCAUCCAGCCCCACAUCGAAUUCCAGCAGCAACAACAACAACAAUAGCAGUACCACCAAUCAAAAUGAUAGCAACAGUAAUCUUCCCGGCGAUUACAACUUCCUGAAGCGCAAGUUCGACGACCAGGAGGAGCUCACUUUGGGCCACGACUACGAGCACAUCGAGGCGAAUCCCUGGAAGAAGCGACACUUGGACUACGAUGCCGGGGAUCUGCAGUUCCACCUGCAGCUGGAACAGCCGCCUAGUAAUCCGCCAGCCAACGCUGCACCCGCUCAAUCCUCAACAUCCUUUAUCAACGAUCUGUUUGCCUAUGAUAGCAGUCUUCUGGUGCCCACCGCCGCCUAUUCGCACUGUCCACCAUCGAGUGCUCCUUUGGAGGACAAUGGUGGUUGGACGGGUGGCGAGCUUCUGGAACUGGACCAUCGUUAUAAUUCCGGCUUGCAGGCGGAGCUGGGACAACUGAAUGCCACUCUGCCGCCGCCAACGCCAACAUCAUCAUCAGCUCAAAAUGCAUCGAAUCACACGCAGCAGUCUACACCACAGAAUGCCAGUCCUGGACAGAACCCUCAUCAGAAUCAACACUUUCUGGUGCCGCAGAAGCAGCGCAUACUGUCGGCGGGCCGACGCACCUCAUCCGGUUCGGGAAGUGGGGCAAAUGAAGCCACCGAGGUGGACUUCGAGGAUAAGAACCUCUCGUGGCUGCUCAACUUUAAGUUCGACGAGUUCCCGCACUUGUCGCCGCACAAUCAGGUACUCGGACAGGCGGUCAAUCUGCCGGAGGGCAGUGCUCCCCCACAUCUGCCUCCGACGGCAGUGGCGAUCAGCACGUCGCCCUGCAGUUCCAGCUCGCCCUCAUCCGCCUCCGCCGCAUCCGCAUCCGCCACAAGCACAAAUCAAUCCCUCGGAUCCGGUAUGGUGGAUCAACGGGCCAGAUCGCCCAAGAGCUGCUCCAAUGCAGCAGCGAUGCCAGCGGGAGGUGGAGGGUGCAACGCCUCCGCUGGCGCUUCAGCAGCUGGGGGCGUGGCCGGAGUGGGCUCCACCAAGACUGGGCGAAAGUUUGAGGAGCUGGUAAUGGAGGUCACCUCGGAGCUGGACGGUAAUGACAUGAUCGUUGCCGAGCACGUUGUCGUCGAGGAUACUUCGUCCAAAGCGCCAAAGAAACCACCGUUCACCUACACGGAGCUCAUCGAAUACGCCCUCGAGGAUAAGGGUGAGCUGACUGUGUCGGGCAUAUACCAAUGGAUAUCCGAUCGUUUCCCUUACUACAAAUCCAAUGAUGACCGCUGGAAGAACUCCGUUCGACAUAAUCUAUCGAUUAACCCACAUUUUCGGAAGGGAGUUAAGGCGCCCCAAGGAGCCGGUCACCUGUGGGCCAUUUCCAGCGGAGAUUCCGCAGAGAAUGUUCUGGCCUGGGAGCAUAAGAAGCAACGGCUGGACUUGUUCUUCAAAAUGGAGUCGAUCAAUCGUGAGCGUAUACAGCAGCAUCAGCAACAGCAGCAACUGCAGCAGCAGCAUCAGCAGCAACACCAGCAGCACUCGCCGCAGCAGCAACAGCAUCCGGCGGCACAGCAGCAACAUGUGGCACAGGCCAGUAGUUGCAUGUACGAUGAAGCGGCGGUGGCAGCGGCUACUCUCACCCAGGAAAUGAUGCAGCCGUCCAGUGGUGGCAGCACUGACGGCAACCAGCAGCAGCAGCAUCACCACCACAGCCACCAGAAUCACCACAAUCACAAUCAUCACCACCAAAGACUACUGCCCUUCAACGAUCUGCUGAGCGAUGAUGAGCUGCGAAAGACGGCGGGUCAAAUACUGAAUGGAAUCCAUCGCGAGGUGGAGGUGCAGUCGGUCAACUCCAUCAUCAGCACCUACCACGAUGUCCUGUUGGAUAAUGACUAUUUGAAUCCCAUACACAAGGACGUGGUGGUAACGGAAAGUGUCCUACGGCAGCAACAUGGCAGCAACUUGGGCGGCGGCGGUCACAACCAAAUGGGCGGCAAUAGCCACAUGGGGGGCGGCAAUUCGCAGUACUACAUCACUGAAAUUGAUCCCAUGGAGCUCGGCAUUCAGAUGUCGCACCAGGUGGAGCCCUCCGAGGAGGAGGUGCUCUUCAGCGACGAGUUCAACCUGAACUACUUUGGCUACAAUCCCGGUAGCGACAUCGUCGCUUGACCGCGCAGACAACAGACUUCAGCUCCAGUUUCAGCUCCUCCAGCUCCCGCUCAGCCAAGCAAUUGAAUUACGAAUAUAUGCAUACUUGUAUAUAUAUUGCUCGAUCCUGCUCCAUGCCAUAUGCCAUGACAACAAUCGUAAUUGUAGCCGAUCUACUCAUAAGCCAACUCUAAAGAAAUACUAGUCACACUUGAACAACACUUACAUGUAACCACCUAAAUCAAACAACCAUUUACCAUUUACCAUUUACCGUUUACCAUUUAGACCCUAUGUAUAGUCUAGUCUUCAGUGUACCAAUAACACCCCUAACCCUUAUUUUUUUGUCUAAACUUUAGUUGAAUACUUAGCCCAUAAGUAGCUUUCUAGCCCUAAGUACUUAUUCGUAUAUCUGCUCAAGAUUACAUACAUUGCAGAGAUUACAUACUUAGCUCUUGCUCCUCUUCGAAUUUAAUUAAGUGUUUUUACAUGUAGCUGAAUAUCCGUAAAUAAUACCAGGCUGAAUGAUCUCCUCUCCACUUACAUGUAUGUUGACAAAAACUGGAGCAAUAGAGCAGACGAAGUAGUACUAAUCCUAUGAGGUGGGGAAAGUGUUUAUGGUUUCCCCUACCUAAGUCCGUAGAACUAAUGGCACCUAACUGGUUUUAUUCAUUAUGGCAAAAUAUACCUUUUUUUUUAUUAAA